UCUCUCUCGCUCGCUCUGAACGAGUAAAGCUCGAGUAGCAGCAGCAACCGAAGCAACACUGUAGCAGUAGCCGUAGCAGCGGCAAGAGCAGUCGCGCUCCUAUAAAAUAUACAUCUUUGUCUUUUGCAAGCGAGACACAGAUCCCUUUCGGGGGCUCAAUUUUCCGAAAGCUCGCUGCGGGGCUCUGAAAUUGGCCGUCUCUCUCCUCGGCAGCUCUGGUGUUUAUUCUAUGUAAAAGGGACGAUCGCUCCAACUUGGCAAUCAAAGUGUGCGCGGCGCGGCCCUUUCGCGCCCGCUCCUAAGCGUGCAUUGUUUGUCCUGCCUGUGUAUGUGUGUGUGUAUGCGAGUGCGUGCACAUCCCGUCGCUCAUUCGCUCGCUCGUUCUCCGCCGCAGUUUUCGCUUAAAACUUCGUCCCGAGCUUGCGAGCUCGCUGUUUCGGCAAACAUCGUCAGGAAAAUCCAACGAGAGUGGCAAGGUAAUCCGCGAAUAACUUUUUGCGGUACGUCGUCGCCUUGUACGUUGUAUACGGCGUUAGUUUCGCGCGAUCGAAGCUCAAGCCUGCACGCAUUGACUUUUCCUCUGUGCGACAUAUAAUAAGUAUGUACGCGUACGUACGUGCAACAAGUGAAAUAUGAAUGUGUCACGCUUGGUUCUUUAAUAGCUUCAAUUAUUCAACUGUCCGAUCGAUAGACCAGUGCUCGAGCUAAAAAAAAUCAAGAAACAACGAGCAAUAAAACGAGAAACGGCUGGUGGCAAUUUUUGGGCGUGCUCCCAAUUUAUUUUUGAUAAUUAUUUUAUCGAGGCAAAGGUCGGUGGCGGCAGCGGCGACGGUGCUGGCGCUACGGCACGGUCCCAGUCACGAUCGCCUCGUAACGCGAAUAAACUUCGCCGUUGUUCACCGGCACACGCAGAACCUUUCGCUUGUUUCUUUUUAUUUUUUUGUUUCCUUUUUGCAGUUUCGUUUCUCGGCACGCGAUUUCUCCCGUAUACAGCACUAUUUUUUGCGGACAGAUAAGCUAGGAAGUUGAAUACAUUUUUCUUUGUUUUUUUUUUCAUCCGUUUUUCCGUCUAUUUCUCUGUUCUAACGUGGCACAGUAUCGUCCACAAAAAAAGUAAUUCGUUCGGUACGUCUCGAGCUGCAGCACUGUACUCAUAGGUCCCGGUUAAAAAUCAGUUCCACGCAGAUAGUGCUAACAAAUAGUGAUAAUGGCAACAAUGAGUGACAACAAAAAGUGCAAUGAAGAGCAGAUAAGUAGUCGUUCAUGCCGGGUUAAAAGCAGCGGCCACGGCUGACGACAAGCACUUUUGGAAGCUUCAUCGGCCGUACCGGGAAUUAAAGCGAGAACUUGAAUCAUGAUAAAAUUAAGACGACGGAUCGUCAGUACUUCAUCAACGCCAGUAUGAAUAUAUCCAUGGAAUCGGCGAUGGAGCAUUGCUGCCUCGAUAACGUCUACCCAACCUACAUCGAGCCUGUAUCAGCCCAAUACCAGACCAAUCAAACGGACGAAGGAGACCUGCCUGGGGUGGCGCUUUCACGACUGUCGCUGCUUCUAGUUGGUUUACUGCUAUGCUGCCUGAUAUUUCUGUCGGUGGCCGGCAACGUCCUCGUGAUCGUGGCGAUCUGCACGGACCGGGCGCUGCGCCGCAUCGGCAAUCUGUUUCUCGCCUCGCUGGCCGUGGCCGAUCUCUUCGUCGGCUGCCUCGUCAUGACCUUCGCCGGCAUCAACGACAUGCUCGGCUACUGGGUCUUCGGCUCGGGCUUCUGCGACACGUGGGUCGCCUUCGACGUCAUGUGCAGCACCGCUUCGAUACUCAAUCUCUGCGCUAUAUCGCUCGAUCGGUAUAUACACAUUAAGGAUCCAUUGAGAAUUUACAGGUACGGCCGCUGGAUCUCCAAACGAAUCGCCUGGACGAGCAUCCUGGUAGUCUGGCUGCUGGCCAUUCUCAUAUCGUUCUUGCCGAUAAGUCUCGGCUAUCACAGGCCGAACGACGAGCCACCCGUGGUUCACAGAGUUGGCAAUAUGACGUAUCCGACUUGCGCCCUGGACCUGACGCCGACCUACGCGAUCGUCUCGUCCUGCAUCUCGUUCUACGUGCCGUGCAUCGUGAUGAUCGGCAUCUACUGUCGGCUCUACUGCUACGCCCAGAAGCACGUGAAGAACAUCCGAGCGGUGACGAAGCUGCCGGAGACCUCGUCGCUGGCCAAGAGCUUCCGGUCCAAGAGCAAGCGAGCCAAGCAGCCCAAGCCCGCGAAAACGAAGCCGACCAGCCCCUACCACGUGUCCGACCACAAGGCCGCCAUCACCGUGGGCGUCAUCAUGGGGGUCUUUCUCAUCUGCUGGGUGCCGUUUUUUUGCGUCAACAUCACCGCGGCCUUCUGCAAGACCUGCAUACCCGAUCUGGCUUUUCAGAUUCUCACCUGGCUGGGCUACAGCAACUCGGCCUUCAAUCCGAUAAUCUACAGCAUCUUCAACACGGAGUUCCGGGAGGCGUUCAAGCGCAUCCUGACGCGCGGGGCCCGCUCGCGCUACAAUCAGCCGUCGACGAGCGAGUGCGGCGAGUUCCGCUCGGUGGUGACGACCAAGCGCAACGGCUCCACGGUCGAGUGCAACAUCAGUCCGCGCUCCAGCGCCGACAGCUGCAACGUCGCCGUACCCUACGGCCAGCAGCACAUGCAGCUCCAGCAGCAGCAGCGCCACAGGGACACCGUAGCCAGUGCCAUAUAGACAAUCUUCGUUUGCGCGACUUUCGUCGUGGGCGGCGACCCGAGUUCGCGCAAAGUCGUCACGAGGACCACACACAUAUCUCGAGCCACGGUCUUGUAAAGCCACGCGAGCACGCAUUAUUAUAUUGUAUACCUGUAUUAUAAUGACGGUAUAUAUGGGUAUAUAGCUGUUGUAUAAUUAUUCUAAAAAAAAACGUCGUCACUUGCUAUACACUAAAAUAGAUUUAACUCGUUCGGAUCCUUUCGUUUUCCCAUCGCCGAUAACACAAGACUGGAUAUAUUUUAAAUUUAAAUGACGUAACAUAUCUACGAAGCAUAAACAAAUGAGUAAUACGCGCAGGAUGAAUUUACCACGGCAACUCCAACCCGAAUUCACGCGAACAAUUUUUAUCUUUGCGUUUGAAUCAAUUUCGAUGUGCAAUUUCCUUAAAAACUCCUCUACGGAAGGCAAAAAGAGGUGCACACAAUUAACACCGAUCCAAUAACUGCUAUACCGCUGACUCGAAUUACACUAAUGUACUUUAGCAAAUUUUCAUGAAAUUCGUCAACACUUGUAAAUAUUUCAAUGGAAAAAAGUCUCAAAGGGGUUGCAGCGCUACAAAUACUCUUGUUGACCUAGUGUAAGCGAAACUUUCAUUUUUCGAUCUGAAAUUAAUAUUACUGCAGAGAUAUUUCGUGUUUUUCUAAAACGUACCUGAUUUAUCAUGGGCUUAGUAUGAAAGCUUUAACAUGAAUAAUUUUUAGCAUUUAAUGAUUUAUAAUGUGAUAAUAAUUGUAUAAUUUUAAGUAGGACAAUUAAUUGUUGGUUAUUCAUUCAUUUUUAUGGUUAGACACAUAAUGAGACAUAUUUAUAGGGAUUGAAUACGCUUAUAUUCGUAUCAUAUGCACUGAUUACAUGAAGCGAUAAUUAUUAAUUAAUAAUAAUUCGCAAUGUUAAAUUAUAAGCAGACUAUUUCAAAAAUUUAUGAAACUCGAGCGCAAGUAUCUCCAUCCUACGGAAAUAUGAGCUAUCAUGAAACUGUUUUUUCACACUCUAAAUUCUACCAUCGUUAACUUUCUCAAAAUAAUCAAUUUUAAAUGAAUCGGACGAUUAGCGAUGUUUAUGAUAGCGAAGUAAUUGUAUUUUGACAUUACGUCUUUAAAUGAUUUAAUUAACAAAGUGUAAAUAAUUUUUUUAUCAGUAGGAAUAUUAGUGUAUGUAUAUAAUAAUGACGUAUUUUAUGAAUAAGUCUAUGUUACUAUGGUGCAUCUAAUUGGAAAACUGUCGAUUAAAGAAAAAUUUCAUAAAAUUUAAUCAUUAAUUUUUUCGUUUCAAUGAAUUUUAUAGAUUUUGAUAAAUAUAUAACUAUUAUUGAUCUGAUGGUAACAGGGUACUUUGUGCAUGUAUCGUGAAGGAAAAAAAGACCAAUCCCAAUUAAUUGAACGAAUGAGUGUUAUUCAUUGCGUUAUAUCGAUGUAUCUGCAAAAUAUUUCAAAAUUUUAUUUAUUUAUUAAUUUUUAAAAUUUUUUAUUGAGCUUAAAAAUUGUGACAUUUCGCGAUAACAGAAACAUAUAUUUAUGAUAUUUUUCUUCUGACAUCGUUUUUCCAAAUUUAUCAGUAACAUAAACUAAGCAAUUAACAGUAUUUUCAAUGGAAAAAUGCAAUGUGAUAUUUGUUUAACAAAAUUCUUUGUAAAUAUUUUAA